GCGAGCGGAGCGGCGGCCAGCUCUGGGGGGCGCGCGCUGGAGCUCAGCGCCGCGCAGCCCUGUCGGUCCGCGGAGCGGACAGAGCUGGAAGCCGAACGCAGCCGCGGGAGGCUGGAGAUGGGGGCAGGUGCCGCCGGCUGCGCCAUGGACGGGCCGCGCCUACUGCUGCUGCUACUCCUGGGGGUGUCCCUCGGAGGGGCCAAGGAGGCAUGCCCCACAGGCCUGUACACCCACAGUGGCGAGUGCUGCAAAGCCUGCAACCUGGGCGAGGGUGUGGCCCAGCCUUGCGGAGCCAACCAGACUGUGUGUGAGCCCUGCCUGGACAGUGUGACCUUCUCGGACGUGGUGAGCGCCACCGAGCCGUGCAAGCCGUGCACCGAGUGCGUGGGUCUGCAGAGCAUGUCCGCGCCCUGCGUGGAGGCCGACGACGCCGUGUGCCGCUGUGCCUACGGCUACUACCAGGACGAGGCGACCGGCCGCUGCGAGGCGUGCCGCGUAUGCGAGGCUGGCUCGGGCCUCGUGUUCUCGUGCCAGGACAAGCAGAACACCGUGUGCGAGGAGUGUCCCGACGGCACCUACUCCGACGAAGCCAACCACGUGGACCCGUGCCUGCCCUGCACCGUGUGCGAGGACACCGAGCGCCAGCUGCGCGAGUGCUCACGCUGGGCCGACGCCGAGUGCGAGGAGAUCCCUGGCCGUUGGAUUACGCGGUCCACACCCCCAGAAGGCUCAGACAGCACCGUCCCCAGCACUCAGGAGCCAGAGGUGCCUCCAGAGCAAGACCUCAUAGCCAGCACGGUGGCCAAUGUGGUGACCACAGUGAUGGGCAGCUCGCAGCCCGUGGUGACCCGUGGCACCACCGACAACCUCAUCCCUGUGUAUUGCUCCAUCCUGGCCGCUGUGGUGGUGGGGCUUGUGGCCUACAUUGCCUUCAAGAGGUGGAGCAGCUGCAAGCAGAACAAGCAGGGGGCCAACACCCGGCCUGUGAACCAGACGCCUCCCCCUGAGGGAGAAAAGCUCCACAGCGACAGCGGCAUCUCGGUGGACAGCCAGAGCCUGCAUGACCAGCAGCCUCACACGCAGACGGCCGCAGGCCAGGCCCUCAAGGGUGAUGGAGGCCUCUACAGCAGCCUGCCCCCAGCCAAGCGAGAGGAGGUGGAGAAGCUGCUCACUGGCUCUGCGGGGGACACCUGGAGGCACCUGGCAGGCGAGCUGGGCUACCAGCCUGAGCACAUAGACUCCUUCACCCACGAGGCCUGCCCCGCCCGCGCCCUGCUCGCCAGCUGGGCUGCCCAGGACAGCGCCACCCUGGACACCCUCCUGGCUGCGCUGCGCCGUAUCCAGAGAGCUGACAUUGUCGAGAGCCUGUGCAGCGAGUCCACAGCCACGUCCCCAGUGUGAGCCUGCCCCAGCCCUGCCCUGCCCCCACAUUCCAGACUGAUGCUCCAGCCAGCCCCCUCGGGGAGGGCUGUGAGAGCUGAGCGCCAUGGGCAGGGACUCAGGCCCCGGGCCCCCAACCACAGCCCUGCACCGCUCUGCCCUGAGGCUCCUUCUGGCCACGCUCCCUCCAGCGCCAGAAGUGCCCCUGCUGCCCUGCCCCCUCCCUCACCCCUCACUCUGGGCCUUCCCUCCCUUCUCACAUUUCUAGGUGGGCCAGCCCUGCCCACCUUGGCAGGUGUCCUAGAUGGGGGGGGCAGACACCAGGGGUGGUGUUAGGGGCCGUAACAAGGCCCAGAGGCUCAGAGGGAGAGACUGAGGACCCAGAGCCAGGGACUCUACACUGUGAACUUGGGGAGCGAGGGCUCAUCCGAGUGGCCCAAACCCUCCCUCCGCCCUCUCACCCUUUUACUUUGGCCUAAAAUGAAGAGGAUCAGAGGCUUGACUGUCCGGAUGAGAGUUUUGAGACCUAGUGCACCCUCCUCCCCCGUUUUACAUAUAGGACAGUGAGGCCCAGAGAGAUGUAGUGACUUGCCCAAAGCUGCCCAGAAAUGGGGAGGCCAAGUGUGGGCCGGUCCCCUCCUCUCUGAGUGACGGACACAGGCCUCAGGUUUGCUUGAGGGUUGGGAGACCGGCCAGGCGACCCUCUGGAAAAUAUCUCAAAGCCAAACCCAGUGUGCCGGCGCCAUCUCCAGGCCUGGCCAGCCCCUGUGGAGAUGAGAUGAGAUGUGACUCACGUCAGGUUUGGGGCUCACGGGAGGGGUGCUACUUCGCUCUGCCUGUCCCCCGUAGGCCUUUCAUUGUGUCAUCCAUGGGGUGGCCCAGGCUGUCGGUGGCCUCUGUUCUGGCACAGACCUGGAGCCAUCACCGGCAGCACCUCCUCCUGGCGCCAGUUCUGGGGGCCGGGGACGAAGGACCCCCAGCCUGCUGCAUGUAGUAGACAGACACAGAAGAUGAGAACGCCUGUGUUCUCCACGAGUUCCUUCCCAGGCUGCGACCGGAUCCUGCUCAGCGCGGCUGCCAGAGAAACAUCCAAGAGAACUGAGCCCUCGCCCCCGGCCUUGGCCGGCCAGGACGCUGAGCUGGCGUCUGCCUUCUAAGGGCCUGCACAUGGAGGAAUCUGCUGCCCCCCCUCCCCUGCAAGCCCAGGUUGGCUGGCCCUGAAGGUUCCUGUGAAGAAGAGUGGACCCCUGCGGGAGGCAGCAAGAAGGACCGGAGUGAGGUGGUGGCCCCAGAGGGUCUCUCUCGAGCCCGCUCUUGAGCUUCCAGGACCCUACAAAGGACUGUUUUCCCCCUUGCUUGGUGCCAGGAGGGGCCCUGAGGUCUCAGGAGUCUCUCCCUGGCUGUUCUGUAUUGCUUGAUGUUGGAAUGAGUGUGGUCCCCCCUUUAUUUAGCAUGAUUGAGCCCCGGCAGGGUGUGCAGGACUGCUACCCCUGUGCCAGUCUGCCCAGGGCUCUCCCAACCCUGUCCAAGGGGCUGCAUUGUAUGUAGAUGGCAUUUCUGUGACCUCGAGCUGUGAUGGGAGGAGGAAACUCACCUGCUGGCCCCUCACCUGCGCUCCUGGGGAGCGGGACUGGGUCUGAGUGUAUUUAUUCUCCUCCCCAGCAGCUGGGGAAGGGGGUGGGGGUUGCAAGUAUGGCUUAGCAUGUGUUUGGUUCUGGGGCCCCUCCUGCCUACUUUUGGGCUGAGAUGGAACCCUUUUGGCUCCCAGCUGGGGGCUGGGAGCGCCAGACUCCCCGUUAUCCUCCCUGUCACCUGCCCCUUGCAUUCUGUGUAAUCAUUUCUAGGGCCCUCCUGAACUUACACAUAAAACAUAAAUGAAGAACAUUAAAUAGCAAAGAAAGCAAA